GUCUGUGGUUGCUAUGGUCGAUGGCGACGGCGACUUGGCAGCCGCGGUGAUAAGUUGUUCAAGUUGUUGUUGUGCAGCAUUACGAUAUCGUAAUUAUAUUUAAUUCCUUCAUUCUACAGCUAUUCAUUUCAUAACAUUAUCAAAAACGUAAAACAGUAUUGUAAAAAGUUAGUUUUAUAUUAAAAAUGUGGUGAAUACUUUAUAUAGGAACAAAGUGAUGAUUUCUUGAGUCAGACAAGUGAAUCAUUUAUCUAGCUGUGUGUUAGAAGAGACAAGAUAAUUAUUGAACGAGAUCUCUCAGUGAAAUCAGCAGAAAACGUUGCAACCGGCGAUUGGAAAUCUAGUCGCAAGCUCGUGUAUGACGUAAGGUUGUGGGAAAACAAUAGAGUUGUUAUGGAGACACGGUGUGGGUCCGCGUGAACGAGUCGCGAUGUGGUUCAACGUGGGUGCGGUGCUGGCGCUGGUAGCCGCCACCGGGGCCCUACUCGAAGGCCCCAACGUCUGCACCAGGCAGGAACCAUACAUAACAACAGUCCGCGUAUCCGAGCAACAACCGUACCAGGUUAAAGAGUAUGGGUGGUGUUUCAACGUACCACCUAGGUGUUCAAAGUACAAAAUACGAUUCCGGCAAGUGUUUAAGACUCAGACUUUAGUGAAACAUAGGCCGGUAGAGGAGUGCUGUGCGGGAUACGCCCCGGACACUCAGGGGAAGCAGUGUGUGCCUGUGUGUGUAGAGAAGUGUGUGCACGGGAAAUGUGUCGCGCCGAAUACGUGCACGUGUGAACAUGGAUACGGCGGUCCCGCCUGUGAUAUAUCAUGUCCAUUCGGCAAAUGGGGCCGCAACUGCCAGCACGAGUGCCGCUGCCUCAACGGCGGCACGUGCGAGCCGUUGACGGGGGCGUGCGCCUGCGCGCCGGGCUGGCGCGGCGACGCGUGCGAGCGGCCCUGCGCGCCGCCCACCUUCGGCGAGAACUGCGAGGAGAUCUGCCACUGCAAGAACAACGCGCGCUGUGAUCAAGUCACCGGCGCCUGCGAUUGCCCGCCUGGCUUUACCGGACCGCUAUGCGAAGAAGUUUGUCCAAACCCGGAAGAGUGUCCGCAAAGGUGUCGUUGUCAAAACGAUGGCAAAUGCAACCUUGUUACCGGGGAAUGCGAGUGUACCCCGGGGUGGACGGGAGAAGUGUGUGCAAACAGGUGUCCUGCGGGCAAGUGGGGCGAGCGGUGCAGCAAGGCGUGCGAGUGUGCCAACGGAGCAGGCUGCCACCACGUGACCGGACAGUGCCAGUGUGAGGCCGGCUUUACUGGAGAUAAGUGUCUAGAAUCGUGCAAGUUGGGCACAUUCGGCGUCGGCUGCACAGGCAUAUGUUCGUGCCAGCACGGCGGCGAAUGUUCGCCGCGUAACGGCCUGUGUACGUGCAAGCCGGGCUGGCGCGGCACGAAGUGCGACAAGCGCGCCUGCGCCGACGGCAAGUGGGGGCAGAACUGCGAGCACAACUGCGAGUGCAACCCUGCCACUACCGACAUGUGCGACCCGUGGACGGGGACGUGUGAGUGCGCUGCGGGCUGGGGCGGCGAGACGUGCGCGCGGCAGUGCCCGCUGCUGACCUACGGCAAGGGCUGCCGCAACACGUGCCGCUGCGAGAACAGCGGACACUGCUCGCCUAUCAACGGGUCGUGCCUGUGCGCGCCCGGCUACCGCGGCAAGCACUGCGAGGAGCCGUGCCCGUACCCGUACUACGGGGACAACUGCGCAGACACCUGCGACUGCCACAACAACGCCACCUGCUCGCACGAGACCGGCCAGUGCGGCUGCCAGCCUGGAUUUGAUGGCCUGAAAUGCGAUCGACCGUGCGAUGGCAAAACAUACGGCUUGGGGUGUAGAGAGCCUUGCAACUGCGAAAAUGAUGCUGCUUGUAAUCCUGUGAACGGCGAGUGCGUGUGCGGACCGGGCUACUACGGCAAGCGGUGCGAGCAGCGCUGCGCGGCGGGGUACUUCGGGCAGGACUGCGCGCACGCCUGCAACUGCAGCGGCCGCGCCGUCGGCUGCCACCACGUCACCGGCCAGUGCGUCUGCGAGACCGGCUGGAGAGGCAUACACUGCGAGACCCAGUGUGCGGAGGGUCUGUACGGGGAGAACUGUUCGGAGCGUUGUCCGUGCGUGAACAACUCGUCGUGCGACGCGGCCACGGGGCGCUGCGUGUGCGCCGCGGGCUGGACCGGCGUGGACUGCGGCCUGCCCUGCCCGCCCGGCUCCUACGGCGCCGGCUGCACGCAGCUGUGCCCGGAUACUGCCGACAAUUCGACGUGCGACCCCGUGUCGGGUAAAUAUACGUGUCCGAGUGGGUACACGGGCGUGCGGUGUGAGUACCCGUGUCCGCUCGGCACGUUCGGGGAAAACUGUGCGCAGAAGUGUAACUGCAAGAAUGGCGCUUAUUGCCAUCAUGUUACUGGCGCGUGCCAGUGCCUGCCGGGCUGGCGCGGCGCGGCGUGCAGCCAGGCGUGCGGCGCGGGCUGGUGGGGCGCGGCGUGCUCGCAGCCGUGCCGCUGCGCGCGCGGCGCCGCCUGCCGCCCCAACGACGGCUACUGCCGCUGCCCGCCCGGCUACACCGGCAUCUACUGCACGCAGUUUUGUCCGGAAGGGUAUUUCGGCGACCACUGUAUGGAGGCGUGCAACUGCUCGACGGAGGGCAACUGGGAAUGCGACCCGGUGAAGGGCUGCGUGUGCCACCGCGGGUUCAUCGGCGCGCGCUGCGACGUGCACGCCGCCGACGCCAUACACAUCGACCAGGCUGGAGGAUCAUCAAACACGGGCCUGACGGUGGUGAUGGUGAUAACGGCGCUGAUCUGCGCAGCCGCCGCGGUGCUCGUGCUGAUGUACUACCGCAAGCGCGUACGCAACCUCAAGCGGGAGAUCGCGCAUGUUCACUACAUCGCCGACCCCAACUCGCAGCCGGAACAACAACACUUCGACAACCCGGUGUACUCGUACCAAGGUUCGACGCGGGGAGACGACUCAACGACGCUGCUAAACAACGGCGCGAUACUCAACAACCUCGGCAAGGUCAACAACGCUACCUUGGAGAAACUCAGGCUGCGAGCCACCAGCUCCAAUGACACUUACAAUCCGAUGAAUUUGAAGAACAAGGACGCGGACGCUACCAACCCAAACUUGUACCACUGCAUCGAAGAUGACAACAAGCUGGACCACGUGUAUGACGAGAUCAAACAUAAGGAGGGCUACGAAAUGGAAUAUGACCACCUGAAUUACACACCGCCUGCCAACAAGUGGAAGCCGCACUACCAGCGGAUGGCCAACGGCUUCCCGGCGCCGGCCGCCGGCCCGCCGCCCGCGGCCGCGCGGGCCAACUCGCCCACGCCGCCCAUACCGCCGCUGCCCAAGCUCGCUGUCAGCCCCGUGCCCCCUCCGAGGGACGAGGAGCCCCUAACGGCCCCCGUACCCCCAAGAAGAGAUGAGACUUCCUGCUCCGCCGCCCCCGACGAAGACGCCACGCCAUGACUCGGCGACUGGGCGAAACUCUUCGAUGAUAUUAUGGGUGCAUGAACGACAAGUUACUUUACCCCCACGCGUCGAGUUGUGUUCGUACCUAGUAGUUUUAAUGAUAGAUUAUUUUUUAUGAACUGUUUCGUGUCUCAAAAAUUUUAUGAUAUAUUUUGUAAAAUUUAUCGUGCUCGGUCGAUCGUUCGAUUAUACUGAAGUUGUGUGUACGUUUGUGUCGGCGUUAAGUAUCGUAAGUGAUCUCUUCGUAAUUUGGUUUAAUUGGAGAGCUAAAUUAAAAUUUACUAAUUAAUGAGUUAAAAUAUAUUUUCAAAUUUUAAAAUAAAGUUCUUAUGAUUUAGUCGGUAGCUUUAAUAAAAGAUAUAUUAUGAUUUAUGCCAUAUCAUCGUUAAUAGGUUGUCGUUAGUUUAUUUACUUAUGAUGUACGAAUAACGCGAUUAACGCAGAUAACUCAGUCAAAAUGCGGUAUACAAAUAUUACCACAAAUAUAAAUAUCACAAUUUAUUUUGCCAAGUUUAUUCAAGAAGUUUAUUUUAAUGUCUCUAACUAAUCCUAGAUCUCGUGCAGAAAAAUUGGCAAGUGCAAAAUCUUCGAAUGCUAAAAAUACAAUAGUCUAAUGAAUAUUUUGACACAAUUAAAUAUUUCAAUCAAUCACAGAAUAUUAUUUUAAAAUAUUAUUUAAUUGAAGCUUUAAAUUAAUCUGCUUUUAUUACAAAGAUGCGUUGCACUUGUUACAUUCCACUAUAUUUGUAUUUAUUUAACAUAAAAAUGUAAAUGAUGCUGUACCUAAUCAAAGUAAAAAUGAAUAUUUUGAGCUAUUAUCUCUUAUAUUUUAUUUCAGUUUAUAUUUUUUAUUUAAUUGUAAUUAUUAAUUUUUUUAUAUAACCGUAAAUGUACAUAAAAUUAGUUUGUAUACUAGCUCUACUCAAUUUUAUCUAUAAAACAUCAUAUCAAGUAACAUUUCAACUACGGGCAGAGUAGAAUAAAAUAUAAAUAUUUUAUCAGUGGUUGAGUAAACGUGCAGUGAUUGUAACACUUUGCUCAAACAGUGCCAAAUUAUGACAAACUUUUUGCUCCAGAAAGAAUAUUGUAAGGGAAAUGUGACGUUAGUAAAACUAUUUUGAUGUAUUAAUAUUUUUUCCUGUAAUACAGUAUAUUCUUCCAAAAUAUUCAAUUUUAUACGUAAGAAAUUUUAAUAUGACUACAGGGUGUUAGUUACAUAGUAACGAAAACUGAGGGAUGACUCAGACCAUGUGGUUGAAUUCAAUCAAGUGGAAUUUUUCGUCGCAAAAGUAUGGAACUGAAAAUAAUUUAAAAAAGGCAUUUAAAAUUUUCAUUAAUUUUCCGUCAGGAAAUUCCACUUGAUAUUAACUUAGAAUCAUGGUCUGAAUCAUCCCCCUCAGUAUUCGUUACGGUGUCACUUACACCCUGUAUUGUUAACUUGUGUGCGUAAAAAACUUUUUAACAUCAGGACUUUAGGCGUCUAACUAAUGCAUUCUUACGUGAUGUUGUAAUCGCUACUGCUUCAUCUGCGUUUACAUCAAAGAAUAUUAGCGCGGUAACUCGUUGACUGAUUAGAAACCAUUGAAGUAGUACCUAAAUGUAGACAUCAGAUUUAACGCAUUUAUUACGACGGAGUUGCUCGCAGCUAUAACCAUUAAUUCAGAUGGAGUAGUAACGUAAGAGUUUGUCUAGUACUAAAUUAUAUGACAAUAACUCGACUAUUAUUCUAUUGACUACGGAGUGCAAAUUUAAAAUAAAUUAUAUGAUUUCAUCUUUUUUUACAAAAGGGUAUUUUACCUUUACUGUUACAUUAUAAGUGCUACCUUAUGAAGUUAAGCAUAAAGUUUGUGAUAAAUAUUCUUGUAAGGUAUUGAAAGGUAAUAAAUUAAUUCCUACAAUCA